AUGAAGCGUUCUCUUUUACUCCAUAUUCAAUCUAAUGUAGAAGUUCGUGACUCUUACUUUGUCCAAAAAAGAGAUAGUACCAACAAACUUGGUUUAUCUUCAUUACAAAAGAUAACUGUUGCAUUUAGAAUGCUUGCGUAUGGAGCAUCGGGUGAUUUGAUGGAUAAAAAUGUGUGGAUUGGAGAAACUAUUGCAUUAGAAAGUUUGAAAAUUUUUGUAACUACAGUAAUUGAUGUUUUCUCUGAGGAAUACUUGAAAAAGCCAAACAAUGAAGACAUUGCUAGACUGUUAGCUCAUGGCAAACACCAAGGUUUUCCAGUAGCCCAAGAGGCGUAUAGGAAGGAUGUUGAGCGUGCAUUUGGAGUGUUUCAAGCACGUUUCACAAUUGUCCGUGGACCUGCACGAUUUUUCCAUCUUGAAACACUCCAAAAGAUCAUGAAAGCGUGCAUAAUUCUCCAUAACAUGAUUGUUGAAGAUGAGCGGGAUGAUAAUGAAGUGGUAGACUUGGAUUAUGAACAAAUUGAUGGAGUGGAUAAUCCUCCUAUACAAGUGUCACAUGAACAAAGUGAUGGACCUUAUUGA